AUGGGUGCUUAUAAAUAUCUUGAGGAACUUUACAAGAAGAAGCAGUCGGAUGUAUUCCGUUUCUUGCUUCGUGUGAGAUGCUGGGAAUACAGACAAAUGAAUGUGAUCCAUCGUGCGUCGCGCCCUUCGCGCCCCGACAAGGCCCGUCGUUUGGGUUACAAGGCCAAGCAAGGUUACGUUAUCUACCGUAUCCGCGUCCGUCGUGGUGGUCGCAAGAGACCUGUUCACAAGGGUGCCACCUAUGGCAAGCCUGUCAAUGAGGGUGUGAACCAACUUAAGUAUCAGCGAUCCCUCCGAUCCACGGCCGAAGAACGUGUCGGUCGCAAAUGCGCCAAUCUUCGUGUGUUGAACUCGUACUGGAUCAACCAAGACGCCACCUAUAAGUACUUUGAAGUGAUCCUGGUCGAUCCUUCUCACAAGGCUAUUCGUCGUGAUCCCCGUAUCAACUGGAUUGUCAACCCCGUCCACAAGCGUCGCGAAGCUCGUGGUCUCACCGCCAUUGGCAAGAAGUCCCGUGGCAAGGGCAAGGGCCAUUUGUUCACCAAGACGAAGGGUGCCGGUCGUCACUCCAACUGGAAGAGACGCAACACCUUGUCUCUCCGCCGCUACCGUUAAACUUCCUUAUCCUUUAUUCAUCAUUAAAACCUAUUUUUGUUUUUGUUUUUAUACAUAUGACUUCCUCAUCUCUCUGUUCCAAUGCUCGCAAAUAAAAAAAAUUCAAUACUCUGCCUUUGCACACAUAAGCCACUUUGACUUGUCCCAGUUCUCUUAUUCUCGGUGUUCGUCUCGCAUCAAAGGCGCAACAAUCGACAAAGUAUCUGCCUACCUCUUGAUGGCACCGAGCUUUUCCUACAUAUUCGAAUCUUCACGAUGGCUGUAAACUUCGCUUUUCGGAUGCAGACUCAUGAUUUGCAUAGACCACUUGUUGUUUGCAUUCUCCUUUUUGCGUAUUUUUUUUUCUUCGUUUAUUGCCCUUUUUCCAUAUUCAUAGGAUAACUGCGGCUUAGAAAUGUGUCCUGUAUGAUCG